UAACUGCUGUCAGUUUACAACGGUCCGUUACAGAGGAUUAUACGGAGCUGUGUAGAGUAACUCUUCUAACAUGGAUAUUCUUUCAACAAAUAAUGAUCCAUACAGCUGUGCGCUACCAGAACUUGCGCGUGUAACCCAUACCCAUUUAGAGUUGAAUGUGGAUUUCGAACACAAAGUUCUUAAAGGGAAAGCGAUUUUGACUAUAAUGAAAGAAUGGUCAGAUGCACAGACUGUUUUUCUGGAUAGCUGCAAUCUUGAUAUAAAAAAAGUCACAGAUUAUAAUACUGGGUCACCGUUAUGUUAUGAUAUUGGACCUAAUUGUUCUCGCGGAAGUAUAUUUAAGAUAAAGUUGCCAAAAAUAAAGCAUGUAAAAUGUAAAAUAGAGAUUGAAUACCAAACAAGUGAACAUUCACGUGCACUAAUUUGGCUAACACCUGAGCAAACUGCCGAUGGCAAAUAUCCUUUCCUAUUGUCUAACCCCAAGUAUACAUAUGCAAGAGCCAUGUUCCCAUGCCAAGACACACCAUCUGUCAAAAAUCAGUAUUCUGCUAAGAUUUCAACACCAAAGAAUUUUAGUGUUAUAAUGUCCGCAACUUUGAUAGUUAUAAUUGAAACUCAAGACCAAGUUACACAUAAAUUCGUUCAAAGGAGUCUAACACCGGCUUACGGGGUAUUUAUUGCUGUGGGAUCACUGAAGGAGGCGAAACUUGGUCCAAGAAGCAUUGUGUUUGCUGAAUCCAAAUUUAUCGAUGAAAGCCGCACGAUGUUUGAGAAUUUUGAAAGCAUGUUGCAGAUUGCCGAUCACUUAUGUGGAUUUUCUUUAGAGAAUCAAAAUAUAUGCGUGCUUCCACCAACUAUCUCACCAAAGUAUUUCACAGUACAAUGUCUAAACGUGAUAUUUGUAUCGCCAUCUUUACUUCGCGGAGAUAUCUAUUUAGUCAGUUCACUUGCUCAGCAAAUCUCACACUUGUGGACAGAGUAUAUUGUUGUAAAUUAUGACCACAUGUGGUUGAAUAAGAGUAUCGGUAUGUUUAUUUGCAAAAAAUUUAUAAACAACAUGCCGAUUGAUGAAGAAAAGAAGGAAUUUUUGCGAAUGAAAAUGGACCGCAAACUGGUAAAAAGCUGGACUGAAGGAUACAAGGAUAUCGGUAGAUUACAAAGUUUAAUACCCAGAUUGAGAAAUAUUUCGCCUAAUUAUCUCAUGGAAUGUGUGCCUUAUGAAGUGGGAUGUAUGCUCUUGGAACAGUUAGAGCAUGAAUUAGAAUUACCAUCGGUAUUCGGAUAUUUAAAAUAUCUUAAAAUAUAUUUUCAUACUUUUCUAUACAAAAGUAUAAACACACACGAUUGGAUAAUAAGCUUGAUUGAUCAUGGUGUUAAUUUUUGUAAGAAAGAAAAGAUGAUAACUUCUUUUGAUUGGAGCAUAUACUUUUUUUGCACAGAACCACUUAUUCCAGACAUUUCAAUAACCGCGUUGGAAACAGCAUGUUCCAAUUUAGCGGAAGAAUGGAUAAGAUUGGAUGAUAAUGCCGAAGAUAUACCUCGUAAAUUCGUAGACGUAAACUCUUAUUCUGAUAUUGAGAAGAGAGAAUUUUUAAAAUACCUAUUUGAUUCGUCUGUCGACCUGACCGUGAUCAAAAUGAAUUUAAUGUCAAAUUAUUUUGAGUCCCAUAGCCAGAGUUAUGAAAUACGGUUCCGUUGGAUACGUUUGUGUAUCAAAAAUCGAUGGGAACCUAUAGUCGAUACCGCCUUGAAUUUCGCCACUCACUUUUCUACGCCAAAGUAUGCGUGUUCUAUAUUUAAAGAUUUAUACGACUGGAAAAAAAUACGUCUAAUAACGAUCGAAACAUAUAUACGCAACCAGAAAAAGUUCUUUCAUGAAACUCAGGAAAAAAUAAAUUCAAUUCUGCAUCUAAAUAUUGACAUUAACAACCAAAUCCCCUUUCCUUUUUAUAAAGUCUGAGAAUUGAAAACGAGUUGGUGCGCAACAGGAUAUGAUGACAAUUCUUAUUGGAUCGUUAAAAAUAUUUAAAUUUGUGAAAAAAAUUAAUUAUAUAAAAUAUAAAUAAUUUUGUUAAUAAUCGAUAAAUAAAUCUAUCUCUG